UUUCCGCUAGCUGGUCGCAUCGGGACCACAAUUUCCGAAAAAACUCCCGAUUAUGAUCGUACGACCAAAAUUGCCUACGUUCUUUGCGGAUUUACGUCGUUGCGUAGUGAUGUAAUGUACGGUUGACCCCAUUGUAGCCACGCCCGCAGCAUAGCAUUUGUGAACCAGCGUUCUUUCGGGCUACUACGUACUUUCCUGUGAACUACGGUAGCUCGUUCGGGCCACCACGUCCUUUCUUUCUUGCCGAGACGUAUUUUCUUUCGGAGUGGCACGGUCGUUCGGACAGGAUGGAGCCGGGGCACCAAAAUACCAACAUUGCAGUUGCAAUGAUUGGAGUCAUGGCCAUCCAAAAGGUCCUUAGCCAGAAGAAAAAAAAAAUAGAAGGACAUGGACCAAACAGUGGCUGAUGAAUCGGGAGAAAUAUUCCCACAUGUCCUUGCUCAGGGAUCUUCAAGAAAAAAAUCCAGAAGAUUACCGAAAUUAUCUGAGAAUGGAUGAUGAUUGUUUUCAGCAUUUACUGGCAUGCGUCAGACCACAUAUUCAGAAGCAGGACACUGUGAUGCGUGAAGCAAUAAGUGCUGAUCAAAGGCUCAUAGCAACUUUACGUUACUUGGCAACUGGACGCAGUCUGCAGGAUUUAAAAUUCUCCACUGGAAUAUCUCCACAGUCACUGGGCAAGAUCAUCCCUGAAACCUGCGAAGCCCUUAUCCAAACAUUGAAGGAUGAAUAUCUAAAGGUACAGUGAAGUUUAUUAUCUAUGCAUUUUUAGAAUUACACUAGUCAGUUUGGGGUCACUUGCAAGCAACGCUACCAUUCUUGUUUCUAUAACCUCAAUGAAGUGUUGCCGCAAUUUCCCUGAAGAUGUAAAGUGUCCUAGGUAAUAAACACAUAUAUGAGCAGGCUUGUGCUUAAUUGGACUAGGAAACACAUGACACUGAAACUACCCCUAACGUCAAAGUGACAUUUGUUUAGAAGCCAUACAAAUACAGGAGAACAAACAAGCCAUCAGCAGUUGUAAACCUUGUUUUGAAAAACAUAUUCAUAUAUUUUUUGUAUACUAAAAAAAAAUUAAAUACUGUUUAUCUCUCCUUUUCCUCCUAGUUUCCAAGAAAUGCUGUUGAAUGGAUGGAGGUUGGGCAGAAAUUUCAAGACCAAUGGAAUUUCCCCAAUUGUGGGGGCGCAAUUGAUGGGAAACACAUAAGGAUCUCACCACCCCCCAAUUCUGGUUCUUACUUUUAUAACUAUAAAGGCUUUUUCAGCAUUGUCCUUCUUGCCGUUGUCAAUGCCAAUUAUGAGUUUUUAUAUGUAGAUAUUGGAAAAAAUGGACGCAAUUCCGAUGGAAGUGUGAUUGAACACACUAAAUUCUACAAAUUACUCCAAAGUGGGUCUCUGAAUCUGCCAUCCCAAAAUGAGACCAUGGAAGGUCUAAAGUUUGUGUUCGUGGCAGAUGAUGCAUUUGGUUUAGGAGACCAUCUCCUCAAACCCUUCCCACAGCGCAACCUGACCCCUGACCAAAUGAUCUAUAAUUACAGGUUGUCAAGAGCACGUAGAGUGGUGGAAAACGCUUUUGGAAUAUUGGCCAACCGUUUCCGUAUAUUCCAGACGACCAUUAAUCUAUCUUUAAAGAAAAUUGACCAAAUUGUGCUAUGUUGUUGUGUACUACAUAACUUCCUGCGGCGACAUGCACAGGGAUACAUUCAUGCGGAUCAGCAAAAUGAUCGCGGGACAAUGUCAUCAGUCCAAGUUGUGCGAGAUAGCAGCAAUGCCAGACCGACACAAUUGACACCACUGGCUCUGCCACAUUCCAGGCUGCCAUCCCAAAGUGCCUGUCAAUGCCGCCUGGACUACAUGAAUUAUUUUAUAGGUCAGGGGGCAGUGUCAUGGCAGUAUGACAUGUGACAUGUUUUAAUACAGGACAAAUGCACUGUUCACACUCCAUCUCUUUAAAAGGACUGUUUGUCAAGUUUAAUGCUUAUAUGUGUUCUUUUGCUCUUGGAUGACAUUGCCAUGUCAAUAAAAAAAAAACCUGAGUAUUUGUUUGUAUGUUACAUAUUAUUGACAUCUUUGCUAUCAACAUCUUUGCUCAUUAGUUCCACGUCAUAUUGGGCACCCAGUGCCACCAAAGUGAAAUCAUCAUGUGCCAACUUCAAAUCCCAACAAGUGCCACCUAUCAGUGCCCACUGUGGACACCUAGCAAUGGUCACUAGUUUCACAUGUAACUGCUCUAAUCAUGCAUUUCCGCGCCCACCUUUAAAUAGACUUUAGUAUCAUAUUUUAAUUGCCCAUCUGUGACCACUUUUCUAUGGGCACAUUGUGAGUUCUUCACCUCCAAAAAAUACCCACACCAAAAAAUGCAUCAAAAGCUCCUGAUAAUCGUACACACCUCAUUCCAGGGAAAUUAUUUCUUAAUGAAAUAUUUCACGGUUCACACUGUGCCUUUUCCUAAUUUGGAGUAAUAAACACAUCAUGUGGUGGGAACUAACUGUUUAAAACACAAAAAAAAGGAUCAAGUUCAUGACAUGAUUCUGCUUUUUAUUAGGUACCCACCAAACCCGUUGUGAAAUCAAUGACAAAGUUAAACUAGAAAAAUUGUACAGCCAUGCCAACAGUUGACCAAAACCAUUAAUAGCAGACUAUACAACAGACAUUCCGUGCGCGCAGCCUACGAAGAUACGUUGUCUACGCACUACGUUCGCAUCGUACUGACGUCAUAAUAAACGGACGGCAGACGUACGCUCGUGUGGUGAAUGAUAACCGGGCGCGGCAACAGCGAACGCUCCCGGAAAGAACGCUGCUACGAAUUGUAGUGCAGCACGAACUGAGGAAUCAUGCCGGACAAGUUCACCUCCCCUGAUUUUUUAUCCCAGUUCAUUGAAAUGUACAGGCAGCUGCCCUGUUUAUGGCAAGUAAAAUCUAAAGAUUAUUCCAACCGUGAUAAAAAACAUGAAGCCCUGAGUAAACUUGUCGAACUGUGUAAAGCGGUGUGCCCAAAUCCAACAAUUGAUUAUGUGAGGAAUAAAAUUGCCAAUAUACGAACCGUAUUCAAAAAAGAACUGAACAAGGUUCGUGUUUCACAGACAUCUGGGGCAGGAACAGAUGAAAUUUAUGAACCACGGCUGUGGUAUUAUGACAGUCUGCGCUUUCUGACAGACCAGGUUGAAGCCAGAGCAUCAGUGUGCAGCCUUUCAGGAACAUCUGCUGCAUCUCCAAACUCAGAGGAUGAGGAACAGGACAAUGUAGAAGAUCUACCCAUAUCACAGCUUCUGCAGGAGCAAGAAUCACAAGAAGACAUGUUCACGUCCAGGCCUGCUCCUCCACCCCUGGCUAGGAAGAAAAAAAGAAGUCUAGAUUCGGCUACAUGUUCCUUUCUGGAUAAGGCUGCAUCGGCAUUGCAGAACAAGUCCGAUGAAUCUGAUGGGUUCGGAGUCAUGAUUGCCAACAAGCAUAGAAAAAUGACUGACCAACAAAGAGAAUUUGCAGAGAGACUGGUUUUAGAAGUUCUUGCAAAGGGUAUCAGAGGAGAAUUGAGCGCUAAGACAAAAUUAAUAGAGGAACAGCCACCAACAACUUACCAGGCACCCAUGCAUUUUGCCCAAACACAAGCAUCCAACCACCAGACUGGACAAUGGCAAUAUCCCUCCGGCCAAGUUCAUAGUUCUCCUUGGGGUACAACUUAUACCAACAUAUAAUUUUUCAUCAAAUGUUGGAGUUGUAGUGUAAGGUUUUAAUUUUUCAAUAAU